AUUUAACUUCCGGAUCAGGUUUGCCUCUCUCUCAGAGCUGCCCACACCCCCUGCCUUGCUCUGUUACAUAUUCAGCAAAGCAUGUUCCAGUGAUACACUCAGGUUCUGUUACAUGAAGGAGGUCAGGUGAGCUGGGGAAAUCCUAGGAAAAACAUUGAUCAGCGAAUUCUACGGUGAUAUGCCACCUGGGAAUACGAACCAUUAGGAGUCUUUACUGAUGUAAGUACUCUGUAUGCAGUGUCAUUGAAAGGAACAUUGCUCUCUACAUGAUCUCUUUUACUCACUCAUUUGUUCUCAUUUUAAUCGAUUUAAAGACUGAUUGCUGCAUUGUGCCUGUCACAAUGUCAUUGUCACAGUGCUGCAGCUAGAUUUAAACCAUUGUGGUAUUUAAAUGGAUAAUACUGCUGUUUGCAGGGUUCUGCAGUGCAGUGACAAAGGCAAGCCUUUCUAUCAUACUGUGUAUUAGCAUUAGAAUGCCACUUUUUGUUUUAUUUUGAAGGUCAGAUGCACAUUCUACCACUGUCUAUUGUUGAUCUUGGUCUCUGUCUAUAAAUAUGCUGAAUCAUUCACUUUCAUGUCCCAAACCCUAUACUCUGCUAUCAACUUUCUCUCAUUCUAAAAAGAUUACAUUUGUAAUCCACUGGGCUUUCUCAAACUCUUAACUGCACGGAGAGGUCGUUUUUAAUUUAUACUAGUAUUUCAUUUUAUUUUUUUAAAUUUUUUAAUUUUUUUGCAAAUAAUUGUUUCUUUACAUUGUGGGUCACUGGCUAGCAUAUAAUUAAAACUAACUUUAUUAACAACAUUUUCGAGAACAGAAUUGACAGUAGAUUUCCACAUUAGUGGAACUCUAAGCACCAUAGCCACUACAGAUAAGUGUAGUGAUUAUGGUGACAAAAGGAAGUGGGUGCCCUUCACCCUGGUUGGUGUCAAACUGUUCAUAGCAAUUUGACAAAGGUGACGUACCUACAGAACAACUUCUUACCUGCUAAAUAUCCACAAUAGCAAAUCCAGCAUUGUGGGGUGCAACACCAUAACCACUACAACCUGGCAGACCAUUUAAGAACGGUUUGACUUCUUACUUGGGUCUUCCGGGUACCAGUCUCCGACUACUAAAGCUUUCUUUACUAAUCCUGGCAGUGCAGGGCGUAAAUUUGGGCUGAGUGCAUGGUAGAUCCCCAGGUGUUGUAGAGCUGCAACUUACAUGAUGCUUUGCCUUUUUAGAUUGUUGGUAAAGCUUCAUGGCAGUUGAUGGUAGAUUCACAGACAUUCUAGAACAGGGGUGCCCAAACGGUAGCUCCUCAGAUGUUGUGGAAUGAUGAGUCGCAUGAUGAUUUCCAUGCCUGUCUUUAGAAUCACAAAGCAUCAUGGAAGUUGUCAUUUUAAAACAUCUGGGGCUCUACCUUUUUGGGCACCCCUGUUCUAGAACAUUUGUCUAGCCCUGGCUUAGAUCGUUGAUCGGAAACAAUCAGCUGUUGCUCUCUGGCAAUGAGAUGACCCUGCAUGGCAGGGCUUAAUUCAGGAGAGUUUACGGAAACUCUUAGUAGGAUGUUCCGCACUCCCUGGAGAAAUCUUCCGGCUACUCCCCAUGGAAGCUCAGACUUGUCCCUGGCAGACUCAAGGUAAGAAAUCAAACCAUUAGCGACUACUUACAUUGGGGGCACCUAGGCACUUUGGUACCAAAACCACUAUGGGUAUGGUGCCUGAAGUGUUCCUUUAACCAGCGCUGGAUUGAAGAUACUUAAAUGUACGUUAAUCCCAUUAUGGUGUAUUGUUUGCUAAAGAAGACCACCUGUUUUAUCUCCAUGUCUCCUUGUGGCAUUUUAAAUAUUUUCAAUAAAAUGCAUAUUCUGCUAUAUUUUUUUUUUGGUUUUUAUAUAUUUAAUUCCCCAUACAUUGCAUUUUUGUGGUGAAUUUCACAUGCCUGCUUGGUCCUACUACGAUUUUGUAUUUUGCUGUAUAAAUUGUGCUGCACAUUAGAUAUAACUCUUGUUCUACUGAUGAUCUGCCCCUUGGCUGCCUCACAGUGUUGCUAUUUGAUGAAGUGACACUAAUUGUGUCACCAUAAUGACCACCAUUAAACUUUGACAAAUGCAUUAUGGCAUAUGCCUCAGCAGAAGAAAAGGGAAAAACUACAUUAUAAAUUACAGGAACCUGACCCCACCUACCAAAUUCUCAAAACCACAAACAAACUAAACAAAUACAAAUCUGAUUCUUAGCCUAAAUGUCACUCCAACCCGAAACCUAAUUCUACAACCGUUACCUUGUUUCUAACCCUUACCCUAGAUCAGGAAUUUAGGGUGUGAUCUCUGUGAGUGACACUUGUACCAAUUGUAUAGCUUUACCUGCCAUUUAAGGGUGAACUCUAAGCACAAUUACUACUAUAGCCCUCUGUAGUGGUUAUGGUGCCAGGAGUCCCAGGCUCCAACAGUACCUCGAUACAUGCCACAAUUGCAUAGUAUGCCUCCAAUGAUACCUUAUAGCACAAAGCCUCCAACAGCUGUACCAUGUGCUUUAGUGGCAGUCUCAAAGGAGUUCAGCAAACCGCUAUCUCUCAUUGCCUCUAGCACCAUCUGUAUAUGUCAAAUGUUUACCCAUUGUUUAACCCCUUAAGGACACAUGACAUGUGUGACAUGUCAUGAUUCCCUUUUAUUCCAGAAGUUUGGUCCUUAAGGGGUUAAACUUGAAAGUGGACUUAAAGAGUUACUCCAUCCGAAACAAAAGAAGUUCUACCUUAAAACACUGGUUUUGGUUCGAGUACUGCUUUCUGAAGGGGGGUCCGCACUUCUGUACAUGCUGGCAUCAGUUGCCAAUUUUGCGCAGGAUUAACAUUAGCCAGCCUGGAAUUUUGUUCUGGAAUUUUUGUUGGCUAAUGAAUCUGCUGGAGAGGGAAUUACACUUCCUGCAGCUAAGGGGUUAAUCUUUGCAUGUGCUGCACUUUAAGAGGCCAUCAUGCUUGGAGUAACCCUUUAAACAUGCCUCCAAACAUUUCAAUCUGACAAUGAGGGACACUUUUUUUAAUUUUAGGGAUGUGUGUGUGUGUGUGUGUGUGUGUGUGUGUGUGGAUAAGGCAGUUCUGAGAAAUGUUAGGUGACUUGCUAAUAACAGUUUAUGCAACUAAAAUGUAAUUUAGAACAAAAACAAAAUAUAUACUAUUUACACAGACUGUUUUAUAAACACGUUUAUUGCAGUUUAAAGACAAAUUACUAUGAGUAUUAUUUAUGUAUAGCUCUGUUAUACACUUAGAUACACAAUCAGAUGGGAAUUGGGUUAAAAAAGGGGGACAGAGGGAUUUGUGCCCAAAAUAGGGACUGUUUCUCCUAAAUAGGCACACUUGGUAGGCAUACUUUAAGGAUGGAGCAAAUUAAUUGCCAUACUGGGUGACCACCAUUAGAAUUAGACAUGCCCAGCGUACUAUCUAGUAAGCAGACACCUAUAGUAUAUUAGUUGGGUAACGUAAACAAACUAAACAUAUUGCAAAAUGGUAUAUUUUGAAUAUGGUUUGUCAAUAAAAACUAUUAUGAAGUCUAACAUAAAACCUGAACUUUCUACAAAGUAAGCAUGACAUGAAUACUUUCCAGGUAUAUUUAUUAAAAUAAAUAAAUAAAUGCAUAACUAGAGUGUACUAAAAUAAUAAAUGCCAGAAACGCACUAUACUAAUCAUAAAAAUUGUGGUUCCAAUUACCGUUUGCAGUUCUGUACUCCUCUGUUACUGUACACCAAGGUGUGUGAUUCACGUCAAACCACUCCGUACAGUAGAAUAAUAACACAGGUAUGUCUAAAGAAGUGAUAUUUGCUCAAAAACACCAGUGAGGUAUCCCCUACACCUUCACAUAAAAUAACAUACAACACACAAAGAAAUAGGUGGAGCAAAUGGUGAUAACGAAAGAGAGAAAAAUAAAAUUAAUACUUCUCUUUCUUCUAAAUUUAAGCUUUGGGAAAUAGAGAGAUACAAAAUAGUGCAAAUAUUGCUGUACACAAGCUCUUAAUAAAAUAUGUGUCAAAUACACUCACAAUGGAAGAGCCAUAUAAUAUAACCUGGCUCUGGUGUGGAUUUCCUCUGGGAUCUUAAUUGGGUGAUCCCCAGACCUCUUUGAUGCUUGUUGUAGUCAGUCUCCCCUCAAUGAUGAACCAUGGAAGGUAUUUUCCAAAGCAAAAAAUAUUUAUUAAAAAAAAAAAUUAAAUAAAUAAAAAUAGGUGGUAGUAAUACAGUAAAAUAAAACCUUGUAAUGUCCAAUAUGCUUGCCAAAACGCGUUUCGCCGAUGUGGCUUCCUCAGUUGGCAUAACAUCGGCGAAACGCGUUUUGGCAAGCAUAUUGGACAUUACAAGGUUUUAUUUUACUGUAUUACUACCACCUAUUUUUAUUUAUUUAAUUUUUUUUUUUAAUAAAUAUUUUUUGCUUUGGAAAAUACCUUCCAUGGUUCAUCAUUGAGGGGAGACUGACUACAACAAGCAUCAAAGAGGUCUGGGGAUCACCCAAUUAAGAUCCCAGAGGAAAUCCACACAAGAGCCAGGUUAUAUUAUAUGGCUCUUCCAUUGUGAGUGUAUUUGACACAUAUUUUAUUAAGAGCUUGUGUACAGCAAUAUUUGCACUAUUUUGUAUCUCUCUAUUUCUCACUCCGUACAGUGUCUGCAUGCGCACUGCUUCCAAUGACGCGGGAUCAGCUGGGCCACUAACAUGAAGGGUGUACCGCACAUCCAUCAGAUAUAGAAUGGUUAAUUGGGGGUUAUAUACUGGGAUGGGGGGAGGAGUUAAUGUUGUGACAGACAGGGAUUGGGGGGAUUAAUGGUGUGACACACAGGGAUGGGGGGGGGUUAUGAUGGUGAUUCCCUGACUGUUAAUCCACCAGGACUCUGCAAAUCAUAUUUCACAUGUCACCUAAAGAAACAUUCAUUAAUGGAAUAUACAUGUACACAGUGAGGACUAGCUGUCUCUUCCAGCCAGGUAUACUGUAAAGAGGCCAGGAGUGCCCUGCUGUCGCCCCUUUCCCAUUUUAAGCAGGCAACCGUAUGAAAACUUACCUGGGGUGCACCAGUGAAAUGCUUCAUUUAGACCACCUUAAAGGGAUACAUAGUGCCAUGAAUACAAAACUGUCUUUCUGGCACUAUCGCUCCCACUGCCUCGCCCCUUCCCUUUAUUCCUUAACCCAGCUCUGUUGUCCCUCCAGUGCUGGGUUGAAGCUCCUCCUCCUCUGUUUUGUUACAAGCUCUCGCUAAUGCAUCCCUCGCAUUAGACCUACCCAGAAGAAAGCAUUGAAUCAAUGCUUUCCUAUGUCGAAAAAUCUUAUGCAGGAGGUCCUCAUGCAGAGCGAGAGGACGUCCAGCAUCAGAUACUGGACCAAAGGUCCGUUUCAAACCAGAAAGCUCUCUAGUGGCUGUCUGGCGUACCCCAGGUAAGCUUUCAAACCUGUAGAAAAUGGUUUGACAACUUACAUGAGGUGGAGCCAGGCCACUCCUGGCACCAUAACCACUAUGAAGCGCUGUAUUGGUGAUAGUGCUAGGAGUGUUAUUUUUUUCUCUAACAACUGCAUCUAAAUAAAUGCAGUAAUCCCCCUCUUUAUUUUACUAAAUAGAAUGCUUGAAAGCGUGGAUUUAAAGUUAACCCUUCAAGGCCUCUGGGUAUGAGAGCCGGGACUGUUACUUCUUGGCUUUCAUACCCUAACAUGUCUUAACAUGCGCAGUGCCAUCAAAGUCUGCCAUAGAGGAUCAUUGUAGUCAGUGAUACCCUAUAACAGAAUCAUUGGCACAUCGCAGCGAACGCUACACAUGCACCAACAAUGCCCACUUGGAUUGACUGGAGGUUGUGGAGGCGCCAAAAGAGACUCUGGGGGAAAAAGUGUUGGUGGUUUUGUUUUUUUUUUUUCUUCUUCUAUUAAGUCACUGGAGAGGGGGCCUAAACCUAAGCAGGGGCAUUAAGACUGUAGCAAUAAGAAUUCUGAUAUCUAUUUUUAUAAUGCUACAGUGUCACUUUUAUUUGUACCUGAGAUAUUCCAUAUGGGGAAAGAACUGCUUCUUUCAAAUAUGUCUUGCACACAACAAACUGUUUUUUAGAUCAGUGUAAAACUUUUAUUUUUUUUCCAGUGCUCCAACAAGAAAAACUGAUUGAUUUAUUUGCAAGUCUACUUUGACCUGGAUUCCAGCAGCAGUCUGCCCUUGGGUGUAAAAUCCCAGUGAAAUAUGUUUGGCACUCUGCCAGUCUAUUUAAAUGUUGUAUUACUAAUGUUGUCACACCCUUAUUUUAAUUUAUUUAUCUGUGUGCAGAACAAAUGCACAUUAUAACUCAGAAAUCGUGUCCUUUUAUUUUGUUCAUUUACAAAUCAGAUUGUGACAUGCUUGUCCUAACCCAGCUUCCAUUGUAGUGUUGCAAACAUGGCUUUUGUACUGGGAUUUUUAAGAUCAUUACAGAACUACAUGACAUUUUUCUCUGGGGUUUGUGAAAUGUGUGCAACUGAACAAGGGAAAUUUAACCCUUUAAAGACCAAGGCACUUUUGAGAUCAGACACAUUUGUGACCAAGAUGUUGCUGGCACUUUUGCCAUAUUUUCAUUCUACCACAAUUUUCCCCUUUUCUGUUUACAUGCACCAACACACAUAAGGAGGAAAAGUGUGGUUUUUUUUUUUUGUUUUGUUUUUUUGUCUGAUACCCUAUUUGUAUAUAUAAGACAAUAUUAACUAUGACUAAAUAAAAAGAAAAAUAAGUUUAGCAUUAGCAUAAAGGUGUGAAUAGACAAAACUACAUUUACUAUUAUUUUAUUUUUUGUUAGAGCAAAUGGCUGAGUAACAUUUUCAUAUAAAAAACAGAAGUAGCCAUGGAGAGGGUGGCAUGUAGAUGCCAAACAGUUAGCAGAAGAGGUGUAAAGAUGUAUAUUGUGCUGUACCAAAAAGUAAGGUAGGGAUAGCACAAUAUACAUAUGCAGGUAUGUCUUAUGUCAAAACAGGAUAGAUAGAGGUGGAGAGUUUGCCAAAACUAAGGCAGUCCAAAAACAUACAGCGCAAGGUUAACAUUUUUGAUUAAAAGUAUAAAGGAGUGCUGCUAAAUUGCAUUAUGGAGAUAGUCUCUCCGUCGUAGACGUGCCAGGUGCUGGCACAAAAGGUAUAGUGCCAGCAUUCCAGUGGUGGUGCUCAGUCAGUGGCAGUAAGUCUGCAGGAAGACCCAUUGUUUGCAGAAAAGUGGGAGCAUCAUAUAAGAUGAGAUAAUGUAGGUCUUGCUGUUCCUGUUGAACAGCUGCUGGGGUCCAUAGAACAGUUUGCCUGGAGAAAUCUCUGAAGAUGGUAAGGUGUGACCCCUCACACAAGGUGGGGGAGUUUCCUGCAGCCCCCAUAAGCAUUGCCCUGUCAAUUUCCUAUAGGAACCUAGCCCGCACGUUUAUGGGAGCCUCCUGUGGUGCUCUUGGUGUCUUGGGCAUCCUGAAACAGCUGUCAAGGGUGAGCAACUUGGCCUGCUUGGGCAGUAACAGUGUAGAGAAGAGUCGGUGGAGGUAGUCUGGGAUCCUCUCUGGCCCCCCCCUGACGUGGAUAUUUCACAUUCUGGCCCUAUCACCAGGGCUGGGAUCUGACCAAUGCAUUUUUGUUUUUGUUUUUUUCUCCUCAUGUUCUGUAGGUGAGGAUUGCCCGCCUAAUAUGCCAAGCUCUAAAUAAAUUUACUAAUAAACCUAUUAUUCAGGACAAAGGACACAUAUUUCCCCCUUAAUUUGCGGGUAAAAAAAAAUGCCUGUGUCCUAUAUGUCCAAUGCAAACUUUUUUGUAUGUGUGUGUGUGUAUGUGUGUGUGUGUGUAUAUAUAUAUAUAUAUAUAUAUAUAUAUAUAUAUAUAUAUAUAUAUAUAUAUAUAUAUAUAUAUAUAUAUAUAUAUAUAUAUAUAUAUUGUAUGUACAGCCUCAAUUAGACAUGGUGAAAGAGAUCAAAGAUCCUUCUAUCCCAUGCCAUUUUUAAGCUAUUCCAGAGGGAGAAGGAUCCCAGCAGACUCUGUCUGCACUUGUGCCUGGUCCUCUCCCUUGCACAAGCUCAGCCUGUCAGAGCAUUGCUGCAGGUUACCAAUUCCAGGGCCCGUGAUAAAGCUUGCACCCAUAGAGAAAAGAAAAUGUGGAACGGCAGUCAGACCCUUCGUCUAAGGUAUCCCUGGGUGCUAACCAGAUCAGAGGUCCAAGCUGGAUCUACAAAGUAGCUCCGGACCACCAAGGCAGUUGAUAGCAGGAACUUCUACCACCAGACCACCAGGAAAUUUGCAGCAGCAGCUUUAACAACCAUCAAGAAUAAUUCUUUAUAUUUAAAUAAAAAUCAGGAUUUUAAUCAUCCUACUGACUAGUAGUUUAAAUUAAUUUAAUUUAAAUGAAACUUGCACUGGCACAUCUUAUGUUAUUACUAAUCUUGGCUAUUAUGUAAAAUAUUGGAGUUUCCAGAUAUGUCUACUGCCUAUGUUCAGCAGUUUAAAAAAAAAAAAAAAGUACACCACCCUAACAAAGCUCUUCAAAUGUGAUGUGUCAGGAUUACAGAAUGAUCCAGCACGUAAAAUUGUAUAACACAGAGGACUGAUAGGUAACGUAUACCGGACCUUAGAAUGGCCGGACUAACGUACCAAAGAAUAGUCAGGAAUAGCCGAGGUCAACGGAAACAGAGACACAACGAUAAGGAAAAGCCAGGAGUCAGGGAUGCCAGAAAACAGGGAAGUCAAAAACAAUGCCAAAGUCAAAUAACCAGAAUCAAUAACGUGCUCUCGGACAACCACGACAGGGCACUGAGCAGGAUGAGAACUGGGCCUAAAUACCCCUCCUCUAGGUCUGAUUGGCUGUAACUGGCCUUUGACCCCAAUGUCAGUUACCAGAUACCAUUUGCAUAAUUGCUGCUCAGCAUUAGCCCAUCUGUGGAUUUGGUUGUUGCUCGGCACUUUUCCUGUGUGGACAGUAAAUGUCAUUAACCACAUUUUUGUAAGCAGAUGAAUACGUGACAUGUUAUAGUUGGGGUUUUUUUUGUGAAUAUGAUUUUUAUUCAUUUUGUGUAUUUAAAUUUGCGGUGAGACGCGCAGGUCUCCAUUGCAUGUUAUUAUAAAAGGUAACAAAUUAGGCUCGCAGGCCCCAUCACAGAAGGACUCGCAGGUCCCCAUUUUCUGGUAUUUACAUUUGUUUGGGACUAUAAAUUAAGUAACGUUUUCAUGAACUGAGUGAAAAUAAUGCUUUGUAAUCGUCCUUGAACCAGAUUAAUCAGUCUUUGAUUAGGUGUCAGUGUUUGUAGGCCACCCCUAUGGUCCCUGUCCACGGCGUCUCAUCGGGCCCUGUGUUCUUAGCUAUGUGUCAUCGACCGUGGUGGGCUUGUGUUUACCCCCGUUAUUACUAUCGGUGUUUCCCGUGUUUAACCAGGGGAAUGGUGGUAUUGCGGGUAAAGGGUACCCUUACCUUGGGCGUGUGGAUACUGUAUUAGCCGUGUCAAUGCUGGGCCUGUCCAGGGUUCCUUCAGGUGUUCGCAUGUUUUGGCUUUGGGGUGUCUUCCCGGGCCGGUCUGGAUGUAAGUACCAGUUCGUGUUCGUUGAUCGUUCCCAAAUAUGUUUUCCCUUGUCGCUAUGGGUGCGGUGGGGAUGAUUCAGUCAAUGAUGAUGCUCUGGUAUUUCGCAGGGGGCAAGAGGGGGGGAAUGUGUCUGGGUGGGAAGAAAGGAAGGAGGGGGGGGGGUAGUUCCGUCCAGUUCGUCUGUCGUCCAUCUAGCGUCGUCUGUGGUGUGUGUUCUGAGUACUAUCUGUCUGUGUCGUGAUUCCCGUUAGUGUUAGGCCUGAGUUCUAAUUGGAACUCUUCUUUUGCCGUCUCUAGAAUCCAGUGCGUCCAGAUGCUCAUGUAGGUAGUGGGUGUAGUGUUGGUCGUCAUGGUCAGUUCCUCUAUUGACCUUAGCUCUUCCAUUUGGCUAAACCAGGUCGAAAGUGGAGGUGUAACUGUUUGUUUCCAGAAUUGGGGGAGCACUCGUUUGGCCACGUUAAGUAUUCUAAUGGUCAUGGAUUUUUUGUAUUUGGAUCGGGGAACUGUUGUGUGGUGUAGGAGCAUCGCUGCCGGUUCCAGGGGGGGGGGCGCGUCCGCGAACUUCUCUAGCAUUUUGUGUAUCCUCUUCCAGUAUGGUUGGAUCAUCGCGCAAUCCCACCAGAUGUGUUUUGUGGUGCCCACCUCUCUUUCACAUCUCCAGCAGAGUCUGGAGUGGUCUGGGUUUACGUGAUGAAGGAGAUGUGGUGUCCUAUACCAAUGUGUUAGAAGCUUGUAGGCCGUUUCCUGUGUUUUGCUGUGAGUGGAACAGUGGUGUGUAAGGUAGCAGAUGGUUUCCCAUUCUGCUUCCGUUAGUGUGUUACCCAGGGCUGUUUCCCAUUUUCCCAUGAAUAGUGGUGUGUCGUACGGGGUUUCUGAUUGGAGCAUGGAAUAUAAGAAGGACACUCCAUGCGGGAGCGGGUCUGGGUGUGAGCUGACCACUUCUAUCGUGGUCUGGUCUCUGGCCAGUGCUGGUCCCUGUGGUAGGGAGUGGAUGUAAUUGGUCAGUUGGGCAUGUCGGAAGCGGUGCAUAAAGGUCGGGGGCGUCUCUCCCAUCAAGUCCGUUAGUGUUUUACAUUUCCCACCUUGAAGGAAGUGGUGUAGGCGUGGGGUACUGUCUGGGAAGAUGUGUUUGAGGGUUCCAGGGUCUAGACCCGGUGGGAAGUCCUCGUUGUGUGUCAGGGGCAAGAGGGGGGAGGGGUACGGUGCCAUAUUCCCUUUCUUUGCGGCCUUCCUCCAAACUCUCAUAGUGUGUCUCGUGUAUAUGGACAUGUCACCUCUAUCGGUUGUGUCUCGGCCCCAGGGAAGCCCCGAGAUCGGUCUGCCUGCUUCUGCCUCUUCCACUGUCUUCCAUAGUUUGUGAACUCCGUCUUUAGACCACUCCAUGAUUCUCUGCAGGUGUGUGGCUAUGUAGUACUGGUGGAAGUCUGGAAGGGCUAGUCCCCCUUUGUCUUUAGGACGUGUCAGUGUGGAAAAUUUCACUCUGGGCCUCCUCCCGUUCCAUACGUAUUUUAUCAUUUCUUUUCUGAGUGUGUUAAAGAAGGGGCCUGGUAUGACAGUGGGGAUGGCCUGAAAGAGGUAUAAGAGGCGCGGAAGGAAGUUCAUUUUUAUGACCUGCACUCUCCCGAGCCACGAUAUGUGCGGGUAGGACCAUUCCCUCAAGUCUCGUUGGAACGUGUGUAGUAUAGAGGCGAAGUUGUCCCUAUACAGGUCUCUGCUCUGCUUGGACAGCCAUACCCCUAAGUAUCUAAUUUUUUGUAGUUGGGGUUUUUUAAGACUUGAUUACAUGUUCUGAAAGGGUUUUUCAAAAUCUUUUGCAUAGUUAAUAGAAUAAUGAAAAAAGAAAGGAAGGCAGCGCCACUAUAAACCACAUAAAUUAAAAGAGCACAGAAUAGGCAGACUAGAAUGCAAUAUAUAUGAAAGAUAAUAAGCAAAUAGAAGUCCAGAAUAAAUAGUGAUCUCCACUUGAUAAAGCCUAAGGGCGAAACGCGUUGUGGUUUUUUAAACUAUAUUGUUUUAAAUAAAGGUAUUUUGGCCUGUGAGUUUUUUUUAUUUUCUUACUGUGAGUUAGCCAUCUUACUUUUUAUUACUAUUAUUAUUUUUUACUACUACCAUCCUUUUAUCCGGCACCAGAAGUGUUUUUACUUUCCAGUGAGGAUAUUACUCCCAAGAAUCCUAGGUGGGGAUUAUACCACUCAAGCUGUAUUCAUUGAACAGUUAGUCUGUUCAACUAAAUGUGAGUAACCACUUGGUUUUUUUAUCUUCUCACCUCUGGCAUUUUAUACUUUUGAGCACCAUUGUUGUUCCCGCUGUUAUUUCCAUAUAUGGUUCCCUAAUCAAGAAAGAAUACUAAGACCUCACGUAUCCCAUAAGUGUGGAUUAUACCAUUGUACGUUAUCAACACUAGAGCUAAGUCCAUAGCUCUUGAAAACGUGAGUAGGACCAUAUACUCUUUUAUUGCUUCUACCCCCUUCGGGACAUACUAUACCAUCAGUUGUUAUUUUCUCAUUUCAUAUGAUGUACAAAGACGCAUCUACACCACUCUGAAGAAUCCCCCACUACAAAAGACUGUAUUCACCUCUACAAAGAUAAACCUCGUUGUUUGAUUCAUCUACCAGUCAGACUAUUUAUUCUGGACUUCUAUUUGCUUAUUAUCUAUCAUAUAUAUUGCAUUCUAGUCUGCCUAUUCUGUGCUCUUUUAAUUUAUGUGGUUUAUAGUGGCGCUGCCUUCCUUUCUUUUUUCUGUACCAUUUCUGUUGUAAGGCCUGUGAGGGAGCCCUACUUUUUAGGUGUGCUGCCACUUUUUACUUAUUUAUUAUUGUUUCUGUUGUAUUUUGUAUAGAUAGAGAGCGCUGAUCCCUUUCUUCUGUUAAUAGAAUAAUGCUUUAUUGGCCUUCUUCCAGUGAUGGUGCAGGGCAUACAACAAGAAAAUAGAUGAUAUAGCACUCACAUAUAAUAGAGCUAUAAAAUGAGCUCGGAGUAAAACCGCAUACAGCGGUACAAUCUGGA